ACCACUUUGUCUCUUUUUCCAGAUCUGGGUCCAAGGGUCAACUGAAGCCAGCAAGAUGACAUUAUUAUGAGAUCUCUCACUUGUAUUACUCUUGGAUUGACCCAAAGAGUUUUUGGAAUCAUGGAGGACUUGGACUUACUUCUUCAAAGAGUACAGAACCAAGCUGUUGGUUGGAGGGACCUGGUCACUCUUACUUAUAAGGAGUUUCUUCGUCAAGUGGGUCAGAUGAACCGAAUGUGUCAAGCAUUAUUUGACAAACCUGGGGACCAGCUUGUGUUUGCUGUCAAGAAAGGGACAGAUGAGUCUAUGUUCUGGAAGGCCACUGUUCAGAUUGGCUGCUGUUUGGUGAACUCAAGUACCAAGACUGUCAAUUCACAUCGUCUCCUGAACCUCAGGCAGUUCCAAAGGGUAUACAAGACAGUUCAAGAACAAGUCAUGGAGUUAGGGAGGGCAGCUGAGGUCAUUCCAUCUCCACCUCCUUCUCCUGCAAGGGAUAAUACAAGUGAUUCUGAAGCAUCUGCCUUUGCAUCAUCUCAGUUUCUUCCUUCUCUCAAGGACAUCAAGGGUCAACCCCUCACAGCCACCAUGAUCCUGGAAGAAGCAAAGCUAGAAUUUGGAAAUGAUCUUGAGGAGUGUUGUAUUUGCCUGGAGAGGAAGCCUGAUGCCAUUCUUCCCUGCAUGCAUUCCUACUGUUCCAAGUGUAUAGACCAGUGGCAAUCAAGCAGUGCAACCUGUCCUGUGUGCCGGGAAAAAGUGGAUGCUUCUGAUGACUCUUGGGUCAUAUCUGAUAUCCCUGACAUGGGUGAGAUGUCCAAGGAGAUUGAAAGGGGCCUCCAUGAGCUUGCCUCUGGUCCAUAGAGUUUCACCCUGGCUCUGCUCUACCUCCAUUCUCCCUUAAUUUUGGCAGGCACCUGGUUUGCCUAGAUUAAAAGUUUUUGUCCUAAUUGAAGUAUAAUGGUGCAGAUAAAGGUCACUCAAUCAUUUCCUUCAACUUCCUGAAUGUGCUCAUUCCCAUGUUUUGAGCACCAAGCAGGCAGGCCUGACAAAUGCAAAGUUUUGACCUUUUUCCUAUUGGUGAGCCGACAUCCACACAACCUUCAAAGCCUAGAUGGUUUUUUACCAGCUGACAUUCAUAACGUCUAGUCCCUUUGCUUAUUGUCCACAAUUUUUUGCAAAUUGAAUUGUGAAAUUUUCACUAUUAUAAAUUCAAUUGUAAAUUCAUAUUAGUGUUUCUGAGAAGUUAAGAAUGAAGUUAGAGAAAAUAACUGCGUAGAUGUUGUGGGAUCAUUCCUAAGGUUUUCAGCAUAUUCAUGCUCUUUCAUUUGAUGCACCUCCAACACUCUGAAACUGGGCAUUGUUGACCUUAUAAAGUGAUGGUUAUAUCCAAAAAUUCAUCUCCCUAUUUAUUGAUUUGUGCUGUUAAAUUAUCUUAAUGUUUGGUUUCUUGUGGUGAAGAACAACCACAAAUCUCCAAAGAUUGUACUACCCUAUCUGUAUUACCUUCAAUUGCAUGGUGGCAGAUGAGAAAAGGAGUUGGCAAAGAGAGAAAUAAUAAAUGUGUCAAGGAACAAAUUUAGCUCCUGAAAAAAAUUCUGCUCCAAAAGUCACAAAAUGUUCUGCCCACAAG